AUGUCCACUUUACGGAGGCCGUACACUUCUAGCCCUGAGCUCCCAACAUGCGGCCUUAUCGAACUCUUCUUAAACCGGGUUAUAGAGUUUCCAGAAAAACUUGCUGUCAUUGAUGGCAAUAUUAUGCUUACAUACCGUCAACUUCUCGAGAGGGUCAAACAAUUUGCAUUUAUCCUCCGUAAUUUCAGAGAAAUUAUGCUAGAGGAGCCCAUUGCGAUUCUCACCUCGAAGGGACUUGACCAUAUCAUAUCUCAAAUGGCUAUUAUAUUUUGUGGAGGGACUUGUCUGCCCCUGGACCCGACCUGGUCAGAUGAGCAGCUUAAACGUCGACAAUCCGACACUGGGUUCAAGAUCGUUAUUGCGGAUCAGCAGAAUAUUCAUCGACCUUCUGCUGCAACUAAAAUUUUGAUUUUUUAUGAAGACUUGGACAAGGUUAAAGACUACCAAGGACUAAGCCACAUUCCCACCUCAUCUAAGUCCCGAUCUCAUAUUUUAUUCUCGUCUGGGACAACCGGGGUUCCAAAGGGUAUUCAGGUAGCCGUUCAUGGAAUACACCGAUUGAACUUUUGGUUUCAGUUCAAGCCGAGCGAUCGCAUUGCCCACGUCAAUAAUGUCGUGUUCGAUGCUUGUAUCCAGGAUAUUUGGUGUCCCUUGAUCUCUGGCGGCACUGUAAUAAACAUCCCUAAAGAAUUAAUGCUGGAUCCAUUCAAGUUUGCGGAAGCUAUCAAAACCUACCGGAUUACUUGGGUACUCCUUACCAACGCGCUCUUCAAUGCGAUCGCCAUUGCAUGCCCAACGGCCUUCGAAACAGUGGAUAUUGUUGUGGCAGCUGGAGAUGCCCCAAAUACCUCCGUUAUGAAGCUCGUUCUCGAAAGAGGCCCUCCUGGGCGAUUACUUAAUGGUUAUGGCCCCUCAGAGUGCUCUAUUCUUUCUUCGACAUACGAUGUAACUCUUGAGGAUGCAACUUUGGGUACAAUGAGCAUUGGAAGACCAUUGCUAGAUGGUGACUACCAUGUUCUCGAUGAGAACCUCAGGCCUGUCGCCGGCACCGAUGUGGGAGAGCUAUAUAUAAGUGGUCCUGGUCUUUCGCCAGGGUACCUCAAUAGACCCGACCUCAAUGAGAAAUCGUUCCUCAACCUACGCAACUUAACUCAUGGCGGGCCUCUCCGUGUCUAUAAGACAGGUGAUUUAGUAAGGCGUCGCGAAGGAUCUGAUCUUCUCGAGUACGUAGGACGUCGAGAUAAUCAAAUCAAACUUUCGGGCCACCGUAUCGAGUUGGAAGUGAUCGAAGCUUUCCUUGCCGGCACCGGCCUUGUUUCCGCGGCUGCGGUAAUCAAGAUACAGCCCCGGGAGGUGGAGUCCCCUGCUUUCCUUCAAGCGUAUGUAGUACUCAACCCUCCAGCAAAUCUCGAUUCCCUUGCCAAGAAAGUAAGGGAGAAGUACCCGGAGAAUUUGGUUCCUCGUCUGACACCCAUCGAUCGCUUCCCACUAACUCCAAACGGGAAAACUGAUCGUAAGGCCUUAGAAGCCUUAUGCCUCGAAUCUAUUGAACAGGCCCGCCUCAAAAUAAAAGGAAACUUUGAUAUCAGCUACAAAAAUCUUUUAACUGUUGAUAAGUUGAAGUUUAUUUGGUCUGAGAUACUCUUGGUUCCGCCUGAGGAGAUUAAACCCACCGAUAAAUUCUUUUCCCUCGGAGGAUCAUCAAUUAAUAUUGCGAGCCUCGUCUCCGAAAUUUACAAAAAAUUCAAUUUUAACAUAUCGGUGCGUGAUGUUUAUGAACAUCAGACAUUACAGAGAAUGUCAAGAUACAUAGAGUCCGGCUUUUGCCCCAAGACCGCGGCAGCCAAUUCUAAAGAUGUGAGAAAUUACAUGAUAAAUGAUCCCAAACUAGCCGAUGAAUUGGUGCCCCUUCCAGGCCCAAUUUCAAACUGGCGUUGCACGGAGGAGGGAGAUGUGCUCUUAACUGGUGCUACCGGCUUCCUUGGAGCAUUUUUCCUCCAGGCUCUCAUUGAGCUCCCAGAGAUUCAAACCAUUCGAUGCCUAGUACGGGCAAAGGACUCUAAUGAUGGUCAGCUACGAAUCCGAAAGAACCUUCAAAAGUACCACAUAUCGAUUGCGGAUUCAUUGAUGACAUCUAAAUUGACUGUCUUAAGCGGCGAUCUGGCGGAACCCCUCCUAGGGUUAACUCCCGGCGUAUACGAAGAGGUAGCUCGAUCUUGUGCAACCGUCUUCCAUUUGGGAGCCCAUGUGAACUACAUACAGCCAUACACUCUACACCGUCCGGCAAAUAUUGCCGGGACGCUCAAUAUCUUACGUUUCGCCGUUACCGGCAGGAAAAAGACAGUUCAUUAUUCAUCAAGUAUCGGUGCCUACGGGGCUCCCGAUCCUACAGCUUCGGUUAAGAAUUUAGCAGAAUAUUUGCCUGAAGACGAGCCUCUCGAUGCCUUCAUCAACGGCCUUGUAUAUGAUCUUGGCUACUCACAAAGUCAAUUUGCGACGGAGCAAUUGGUUUGGCGGGCUAUUCAAAGGGGACUGCCCAUCUCCAUUUACCGGCCAGGAUUUAUUCUCGGCCACUCAAAAACGGGCUACGGAAAUCCUGACGACUUUUUUGGACGAGUUGCAAUUGCUUGUAUUAAAAUGGGAUUCUAUCCACUACUCCCUAAACAACGGAAAGAAUUUAUUCCGGUAGACCAAGUAGUGAAACAACUACUCCACAUAUCUUCCAAUGAUAAGAAUAUUGGCCGCGCUUACAAUCUAGUCACACUUAGGAACUCCGAAUCAGUGGAGUUAAACGAUACAUUUGAAAUGCUAAGUCGAUGCGUGGGCGUCAAAUUAAAAGGUCUUCCGUACCAAAAAUGGCUCCAAGAGUUGUCAAAGCCACAGAACAGCAAUGGUGUCCUCAAACCAUUGAUUCCUAUGCUGCAAGAGAAAGUAUAUGGAGGUUUGACUCGUUGGGAACUCUAUGAAAAUAUGGCUUUUUACGAAACGACAAAUACUCGUCGCGCAAUUUCAGACUCAGAUGAUCCUCAAGGUUGCCUCCCUCUUGACGAGUCGCUUCUAAAGCUUUACGCUAUUAGAUGGCUCCAACAAGAAACCGAAAUUUGCGACCCCGCAAUAAGAUCAGGACACACCCACGCAAAGAAGAACAACCCCCCGAAGGAUCCUCAUUCCAAAGCGUCGCGGUCGAAGGCUGAACCUAAAGUGAAACUGGGGCAAGGACAGCCUCUAGAUUUUCGUCGGGCAGCAUCUGAACCCCAUGUUUGA